GAGCAGAACACUAGGCACACCUGUUGGGCAGGUGAGUUGUGAAUUGGGAUACAAAAGAGUGGUAACCGACAAAAAGGAUUUUCAUCGAGUGGCAGCGGUAAUUCAAGGUAAACGGCAAAAAUCUUGUCUGAAAAUGGAGAUUCUCGGUAAACUGCAAGGGUCAAGUCUCAGAAUGGAAAUUGAUGACAUAAAGUCCUCAGCCGCACUCAUGUAUUCAGAGUUCAUCAAAAAUGCAGACAGACGGACGGAGACCUGGUUCCUCAUGUCGUCUCCUCUGCCCCAAACGCUCAUCAUUGCAGCGUACAUUUACUUUGUCACAUCGCUGGGGCCAAGGUUGAUGGAGAACCGUAAGGCCUUCGACCUGAAAGGAGUUCUCAUUGUCUACAACUUCAGUGUUGUGGCUCUCUCGCUUUACAUGUGCUACGAGUAUGUGAUGUCAGGAUGGGGAACGGGAUACUCUUUUCGCUGUGACCCAGUCGACUACUCGGAGUCCCCCCAGGGUGUGAGAAUGGCGGCAACAUGCUGGCUCUACUAUUUCUCAAAGUUCAUUGAGAUGUUGGACACGAUCUUCUUUGUUCUGAGGAAGAAGUAUAGCCAGGUGACAUUUCUUCAUGUGUACCAUCACUCAAUCAUGCCAUUCACGUGGUGGUUUGGAGUAUGCUUUUCUGCAGGUGGAAUGGGGACAUUUCACGCCCUGCUGAACUGUAUCGUCCAUGUUAUCAUGUACUCGUACUACGGCCUGACUGCUUUGGGCCCAAACUACCAGAAGUAUCUGUGGUGGAAGAAAUACCUGACUUCCAUUCAGCUGAUCCAGUUUAUGAUGGUGACUACCCACAUCUCCCAGUAUUUCUUCAUAAAGGACUGCACCUACGAGUUCCCCAUCUUUAUCUACAUCAUCGCCUCCUACGGCCUGAUUUUCCUGUUCCUCUUCCUCAACUUCUGGUACCACGCCUACACCAAGGGCAAGAGGCUGCCUAAAGUGCUGCAGAAUCAGACAUGGGCACACCACAGCAACGGAGUUAUGAAUGGAAACGCCAAUCAUGAGAAAGAAGAGUGACGCAGGACUCUGCUUGUUGGGGCUUUCGGGGUUAACCUCAUUUACGUAAGAAAACCCCUGCAGACUGAUAUUCAAACCCAACAUGUUUGGAUUGGUUUUCUACAUGCUACUGCAAAAGACAAUCUUUGAAUGUUGACAAACUAUAUUUAAGAGGUUUAUUGACUAAAGCUGAAGAGUUUUAUCUUUAAUUUGUUUGUCUACAAAGGAAGCUAAAGCCCAAGUUCUGCUAUGGUGGAUCCCAAAUAUCCCUCCUUUCUGCUACAUUAUGGUUUUAAAAUAAUUUCAAGCGUCCAAAAUCGACUCCACUAUUCACACUUGACUAUAGGGCUAUUGUAAGACUGAGACCCCUUGACUAUACAGUCCAACUGGGCUUUCUCUAAAGGCUUUUAAUGCUGAAAUCAUUUUAAACUUGUGACUUGAUCUUACUUCUCAGAAUAGACUUCUGUUUUUAGGAAACUAGCUGAGGGUUUUUCUUUUUAAAAGUUGUGGACUAAAGUUGUUUAUUUCACCUGGCCAAAAAAAGUUACAUUGGCGGUUCCAAGUCGAUAUAUUUUAAAUGGUGUUCAGGCUAUUCAGGUCCUUGUUAAAUGG